AUGACUGGGAAGUUGGGACUGCUGCUUAUUCACCCGGCUGUGACGACGAUGCCUGAGAUGGUCGUCGCAGUCAAGGAACAGGCGAAAAGAGAUAACGUUUCGAUAAUCGACCAGUUCUUGGUCAACAAAGUGGUCGACGGUUCUGUGAAUCUGAAGGCCGGGAAGUACGAUAUUAUUAGGUACUUGACGCCCGAGAAGCUCGAGGAGAUUAAAUUUCCUAAGAUGCUGAUUGCGGUUUUACAAGAAAGCUUGAAAGACGACGGUUUGUUGUACGGCUUGAGUGAUCAGUACAAGGUAGACGCCUUGCUAAACGGGUUUGAAAUAGUCAGUGGUGAUGGUGAUGUGGGUGAGUACCACUGGAUAAAGAAACCCGCUGUUGCGAACGCUACUGUGGGGAUUGUUCCCCUGAAGGGGAAAAGUAAUACUACGGGGGCUAAGCCAGCGGCGCUGCCCUCGUUUAAAAAGAAGACCACCGGAUCUACAUCUGCAUUACCCUCGUUCAAAAGAGCAGCAAAGACCCCCGUACCUGUCUCUAGUCCCAAAGUGGGCGUAGAGGAGGAGGAGGAUUUUGGUGACCUUGAGGAGGAUGACUUGUUCAGCGAGUCUGCGAAGGCCCGUUUCCUCGACGGGAACGACGAGGAUGACGAUGAAUCUAUUGAUGAGGACGAACUGGUCACGGAUAAGUCAGGUAAAAUCACCUUCAUCACUUGCGGGAAGAGCAAGACCAAGAGGAAGAAGGCGUGUAAGGAUUGUAGCUGUGGUAUCAAGGAGGAAGAGGAGGAAGAGAUCGAUAACGUUAGAACGCAGCAGGACAAAGUUAUCAAAUUCACCGAGGACGAGCUGACCGAAGUCGAUUUCACCAUUGACGGUAAGAAGAUCGGUGGAUGUGGGUCUUGUUCUCUGGGGGAUGCGUUCAGGUGCAGCGGCUGUCCGUACUUGGGGUUGCCCGCGUUCAAGCCUGGUCAGGCCAUCAAUCUGAACGCCAUUUCGGAUGACUUGUAA